CGCAGCCCCUGCCAAUUCCCGCGAGCGCGCGCCGUCUCUCUCCCCUACCGACCCCGCGCGCUCCAUCCGGGCCCUGCCCUCCGCGCGGGCCCCCAGCAGGCCCCCUUGGAGCCCCGCGGGCUGCCCCGGCUGCCGCUGCUAUGCGGGCGCUAAGGCUCCGGCUCCUGGCGGGGCUGUUCCUGCUGCUGCCGCCACCCGCGCGCGCCCCGGAGCCCGCGGCGCAGGACGUGAGCCUGGGCGUGGACUGGCUGACCCGCUACGGCUACCUGCCGCCGCCCGACCCCGCCCAGGCCCAGCUGCAGAGCCGCGCGCAGCUGCGGGACGCCGUCAAGGUCAUGCAGCGGUUCGCGGGGCUGCCCGAGACGGGCGUCAUGGACGCGAAGACCAUCGCCACCAUGCACAAGCCCCGCUGCUCCCUGCCCGACGUGCUGGGCGUCGCGGGGCUGGUGAGGCGGCGCCGCAGGUACGCGCUGAGUGGCAGCGCAUGGAAGAAACGAACGCUGACCUGGAGUGUCCGCUCGUUCCCCCAGAGCUCAGAGCUGAAGCAGGACACCGUGCGGACCCUCAUGCACCUGGCUCUGCAUACCUGGGGCGUCGAGUCCGGCCUCAGUUUCCGGGAGGUGGAUGCUGGGGACCCCACAGAGCCCGACAUCCUCAUCGACUUUGCCAGGGCCUACCACCAGGACAGCUACCCCUUUGACGGCCUGGGGGGCACCCUGGCCCAUGCCUUCUUCCCGGGCGAGCACCCAAUCUCCGGGGACACUCACUUCGAUGAUGAGGAGACCUGGACUUUUGGGUCCAGAGACGGCGAGGGGACCGACCUGUUCGCCGUGGCCGUGCAUGAGUUCGGCCAUGCCCUGGGCCUGGGCCACUCCUCAGCCCCCAACUCCAUCAUGAGGCCCUUCUACCAGGGCCCCGUGGGUGAUCCCAACAAAUACCGCCUGUCCCAGGACGACCGCGACGGCCUACAGCAGCUCUAUGGGAAGGUGCCCCAAACCCCAAAUGAAGAGCCCACGAGGAAGCCCCUGCCCCCACCUCCCCAGCCCCCGGCCCUGCCCCCAGACAGCCCCUGGGGCUCCAUCCCUGAUCGCUGUGAGGGCAAUUUCGACGCCAUCGCCAACAUCCGUGGCGAAAUCUUUUUCUUCAAAGGCCCCUGGUUCUGGCGCCUCCAGCCCUCGGGGCAGCUGGUGUCCCCGCGGCCCGCGCGCCUGCACCGCUUCUGGGAGGGGCUGCCCACCCAGGUGAGGGUCGUGCAGGCCGCCUACGCCCGGCCCCUCGACGGCCGCAUCCUCCUCUUCAGCGGCCCCCAGUUCUGGGUGUUCAAGGACCGGCAGCUGGAGGGCGCCCCGCGGCCACUCACGGAGUUGGGGCUGCCCCCGGGCGAGGAGGUGGACGCCGUGUUCUCCUGGCCGCUGAACGGGAAGACGUACCUGGUCCGGGGCCAGCGCUACUGGCGCUACGACGAAGCGGCCGCGCGCCCGGACCCCGGCUACCCGCGCGACCUGGGGCUCUGGGAAGGGGCGCCCGACGCCCCCGACGACGCCACGGUCAGCAACGCAGGGGACACCUACUUCUUCAAGGGCGUUCACUACUGGCGGUUUCCCAAGGGCACAGUCGCAGCGGAGCCGGACUCGCCCCACCCCAUGGGGCCCAAGUGGCUGGACUGCCCCGUCCCCAGCGCUGGCGUGCCCAGACCCCAGCCGUCCAAAACCCCUCGCCAGCCAGGCUCCUGCAACUGUCCGUGUGGGAUCAACGAGGCCGCGGGGCUGCCGUCCCUGCCCCUCCUGCUGCCCCUCCUGCCCCUGCUCGUGGGGGACAUCGCCUCCCCCUGAGGGGGGCACGUGCUGGGCAGAACGGCCCCCAUCCGGAAGGGGGGCCGGGGUCUCCCACCACUGAACCUGGUGGGGACUGUCAUCGCCACCCUCUGUUCCCAGAGCCGGGGCUCCCCUUGGUUCUGCGCGGCGCCCCAAGGACCCCCAGCCCUUAGAAGGGGGGGGCUCUGCCCCUGUCCCUGCCCGUGGGUGUGUAGCGGCCCCACCCUCCCGAAGCCGGUCACCAGGGGUGCCGCACCGAGCCCCGAGCCUCCCCUGGACCUGCCUGUCCCACCCGAGCCCUCGCAGCAUGGACCCAGCCCUAACGGGGGGCAGCGGGGAGGGAGAGCCCCCCACUCCCACGGGGCACCGUCCUCUGGAGCAGCGACACCUCUCGGCCCUGCCCACCUGCCACCAUGGCUGACUGGGUCAAGAAUGAGCCCCUUCCCCGAUGGCAUGAUCCAGAAAUUUCCAAGCCCAGCCCCACUCCCCACCCCUGAAGCUUCUUACCCUGUCCUGCUCCCACCACGUCCCAGUGCAGUCGUGCCCCUGACCCAGCCCUGAGACCCCCUGAGCACCAAUAUACCCUGCAUCCUGGGUGCAGUCAGCGGCCACACUGACGACGGUUGACCUGAAAGCAGUGAACUCUCUGGUCGCCCCCACCCGGCGCCAAGCAGUCUGGUGGCCUCCCUGACCCAGCACCGUCCCUGAAGCCUCACCUCCAAGAGGGCACCCUCCUAUCCCCAAGGAACCUCCCAGGGCCGUCCACACUGUCUGCAGCCUCCUGCAAGGAGGUCCAGCUGCACCCCAGGACGUUGCCUCCUUGGCACUCCGGGCGACCCUGGUUCUCCGAGGGGUGGGAGUUUACCCGACUCUCCGGAGCUACCUCCUCCCUCACCCCACCCCCACUUCGCUGAGCUCAGGACCUGCCCUCCCAUCUGCUGAAGGAGUCCAGGAGCUAAGUCAAUGCCUCCGGAACAUUCCACAUCAGAAUCAUUCAGGGAACUUAAAAAUGCAGAUUCCAAAACCUCACCUCUGACUCCCUGAAUCCUCUCUCUGGGGAUGGGGCCAGGAAUCUGCAUUUUAACAAGGGCGGUGCACUGGGUGCCCCGAUGGACAAGGGAGCUGGGGACAAGCAGCCCGUGUCCCUGUGUCCUGGCAUUUCUGGAUCCCUGCCCUCUGACCCCAGGGGUGGGUCCUCACCGUAAAGGAGCCAGGCUGAGCCUCGGGUGCUGGGGACCCCUCGCCCCACCCCAGGAUGGAGCCGGGUGGUGGGUUCCACUCAGCCUCAGGGGACUGCUGCUUCCCGGGCUGAGGGUGCCGGUGGUGGCUCCUGUGGCCGGGGAAGUGCCCCCGGUGGACCACGACCGCUGGCCAGUACCGGCCAGAAGCCAGGCAGUGGACCUCCCUCAGGUUCCUUUCCAAAUAGUGUAUGAGGACAGAAAACUGAUGCGGGCACUGAAAAUGAUUAGAGUAAAAGCCCUUUUUCCUUCUGAGCACUGAUGGGGUUGGUUGACCUGGGUGGGGUUAGAUUGGUGACAGGAGCCAGACAGAGCCGAGUCCCUUUUUUGGUAGCAGUUAGAACCUGGGGUCCCU